AUGCAAGAAAAAGUGAUCGUGCAGGCCCUGCUUGCCUUUUCAAAGUUUGCACGCGCCCUCAUCCACACCUCCAUUCCCGUGCAGAACAACCCAUUCCCGCAGGCGUAUCCCGAGGAAAGCGACGACCUCGGGGACUUUUUUAUAAACCCACUCAUAGCCAUAGACGAGGAGUAUCUGCACAUUCCCCGGGUGGAGAGAAAAGUCGUGAGAAAAGAGUUCCGAGACCUCACGCAGAAAGAGUGGAAAGCGUACAGGGAGGCCGUGGAGCUCCUGAGAAAGUCCGGAUAUUUGGAGCCACUCGCGCGAGUCCACUUUACCGUGCGUGGGUAUGCGCACAACUCCCUGGAGUUUCUCCCGUGGCACAGGCUCUUCCUUCUUUACUAUGAAUAUCUUCUGAGAGCCGUCUCCGGGCAGGACGAUAUCACAGUCCCGUACUGGAACUGGGCCCUCGAUGCGGAUAAUCCGAGCGAGUCCCCGAUGCUGGACAGCGCCCACUGGGGACUUACCCGAUGCUUUCUCGUGCACGAGCCUGUCACGCACUGCCUGCAGCGCACCCGCAACAGGAAGAUCGACCCCUUCUACAACGAGGAGGAGAUCGACCGAAUCGUGCGCAAGAAAAACAGCUUCUACGACUUCACGAUAGAGCUUGAGCUGAUUCCGCACGCUCUCGUGCACCUGAACCUAGGCGGCGAGUAUGGGGACAUGUCGUACAUGCAAAGCACGAACGACCCUCUUUUCUGGCACCAUCACUCGUACGUGGAGUACAUCUGGGAGCAAAGGAUGCGCCUGUACAGAGAGAAUCCUCGCGCGGAGAAGUAUCUCUACCCGCAGGAGAAGCUGGACACUGUCCUGUACCCGUUCAACAUGACGGUUAGGCAGGCGAUUGCCCUGAGUACGCGCAUCGAGUACAGGGAGAGCCGUGCAGCGAGAGCGUAG